UUAAGGGGGUCGCUUGGUUAAAUGUGCGGUUGUGUGGUGGAGGGGAAGGCGCUCCCGCUGUUGGCUUGACUCUUUGCAAGUCGAGCACGCACUUUUUUGCGUCCCACAGCAGCAACAGAAGAGGAGGAAGAAGGCGAGGGAGCAGACAGAACCGCAGAGGAGGUACAUUCACUUUUUUCUGAGUGUCGCUUUAGUGCACGACUGGAUUGCAGAUGUCCCUGCAGCGGGACACUCUGCCUGGCGGAUUUACAUAAAAGUGUUGUUUUUUACCAAAGUUGGCGGAGUUAUAUAGAAGUUUGUUUUUUUACAAGAAAAGUUGACUACUUUCGACUUUUUCCAAGUGCCCCGGUUGUUUGAACCGGCCGUUGUCCCGGUCAUCCCUCGCUUCUGCUUCCCCCUACAUGGAUGGUCCAGUGUCGGUCUCUGGAGCUCAGCACAGGCCGAGUUUGGAGCUUGGAAGGAGGGCCAAAUGUGCCGCCAACUCACCCGAGCACAGCGUUGAGGACUUGAUUCGGAUAUAAAAAAAAAGAAAGGAAGGGGAAAACAGGUGAAAAAGGAAAAAGUAAGCCACCAGACCCUCAGCUAUGGGUUGCAUGCACUUACUGAUGUGCUUCUCACUCAGUCAACUUUUGCUGGAGUCCACUUUUGCUGCAGGAGCCCACGACAAACUCUCUGGAAAGUUAAGUGAAUACGGUCUUAUCGUGCCAUUCAGCUCAGACUCUCACGGCCGCUACAUGUCUCACCUGGUCUCCACUGGAGGCACUCCUGAGGAUGGAGAUGAUGGGAACAGCAGCAGCAGCAGGAGGAGGAACACCAGGAGACGAAGGGUGGCCCGCGGUGCCCCCGAGAUGCCCUCAUUGACUCCCGGCUCGGCCCAGCGCUUGUUUUUCAACGUGACCAUCUUUGGCAAGGAGCUGCACCUUCGGCUGAGGGCCAACAGGAGGCUGGUGGCCCCGGGGGCCUUUGUGGAGUGGCAGGAGGACUUUGAGGAGAAGGCCAAGGAGCGAGUUCACAGGGAUUGUGUCUUCACCGGGGACGUGAGCGACAUGCCCGACGCCACCGUGGCCAUCAGCAACUGCGAUGGACUGGCAGGGUUGAUCCGCACCAACAAUGGCGAGUUUUUCAUAGAGCCCCUGGAGAAGGGCCAGCAGGAUGUGGAGGUGAAGGGGCGUGUGCAUGUGGUUUACCGCAGGUCGGCCAUCAAGCGGGAAGCCGGCCAGCGCGGGGAGGAGCUCCGCAAUGAAGUGGUCGACUUCGGCAUCGCCGACCUCCCGGCAGCUAUGGACCUGGUCCAGCACAAACUGUCCGAGGCCGAGCGCAAGCGCAGGCACGCCAAGAAGGACGACUACAACAUUGAGGUGCUGCUCGCCGUGGAUGAUUCGGUGGUGCGCUUUCACGGCAAAGAGCACGUGCAAAACUACGUCCUCACGCUAAUGAACAUUGUGGAUGAAAUCUAUCACGAUGAGUCUUUGGGAGCCAACAUCAACAUCGUCCUGGUUCGCAUGAUCAUGGUCGGGUAUCGACAGUCCAUCAGCCUGAUCGAGCGUGGCAACCCGUCCCGCAGCCUGGAGCAGGUGUGCCGGUGGGCCAACACGCAGCAGCGCGGUGACCCCGACCACGCCGAGUACCACGACCACGCCAUCUUCCUCACAAGGCAAGAUUUUGGUCCCGCAGGUAUGCAAGGUUAUGCUCCGGUGACUGGGAUGUGCCAUCCGCUGAGGAGCUGCACUCUGAACCAUGAGGACGGCUUCUCCUCCGCCUUUGUGGUCGCUCAUGAGACGGGCCACGUGCUGGGAAUGGAGCACGACGGCCAGGGGAACCGCUGUGCCGAUGAGACCAGCAUGGGCAGCAUCAUGGCGCCGCUCGUCCAGGCGGCCUUCCACCGCUACCACUGGUCCCGCUGCAGCAAGCAGGAGCUGAGCCGCUACAUUCAGUUUGUUUCCCUCCCAUCAUUUCCUACUAUUUUUCCUGAUGUUUCUCUGUCUCAUCAUUAUCUCCCUCCCAGCUCCUACGACUGCCUUUUGGAUGAUCCCUUUGAGCACAAGUGGCCCAAGCUUCCGGAGCUCCCCGGAAUCAAUUAUUCAAUGGACGAACAGUGCCGCUUUGACUUCGGUGUCGGUUAUAAGAUGUGCACGGCCUUCCGUACGUAUGACCCCUGCAAGCAGCUGUGGUGCAGCCAUCCCGACAACCAGUACUUCUGCAAAACAAAAAAAGGGCCACCGGUGGAUGGUACUGAAUGUGCUCCAGGAAAGUGGUGUUUCAAAGGUCAUUGCAUCUGGAGGUCCAGCCAGGAGCCUCAAGGCCACGACGGGAGCUGGAGCUCCUGGUCCAAGUUUGGCUCUUGUUCACGGACGUGCGGAGGAGGAGUUCGCUCCCGUAGCCGACAAUGCAACGACCCCCCGCCGGCCUACGAUGGACGCGAUUGCCCCGGCUCGGCGUUCGAUUACCAGAUGUGCAACACAGAGGAGUGCGCCGGCCCCUACGAGGACUUCCGUGCUCAGCAGUGCCUCCAGAGGAGCAACAAAUACCACAACAACAUGAAGCACACCUGGCUGCCGUAUGAGCACCCGGACGAGAGUCGCAAGUGUGAGCUGAGCUGCACGUCCAAGGAAACGGGGGAGGUGGUCUUCAUGAACCAGGUGAUGCACGACGGGACCCGCUGCAGCUACAGUGACCACUUCAGUGUGUGCGCCCGAGGCGAGUGUCUGCACGUCGGCUGUGACAAGGAGGUCGGCUCAUACAAAGAGCAGGACAAGUGUGGUGUGUGCGAGGGGGACAACUCGCAUUGUCGCACUGUCAAGCUGACGCUCACCAAGACGCCUAAAAAGAACGGCAUGCUGAAAAUGUUCGACAUUCCCGUUGGAGCCCGUCACAUCGUCAUCGAGGAGAACGACACCUCUCCCCAUUUAAUUGCGGUGAAGAAUCAAGUGACAGGCAACUUCAUCCUCAACGGCAAAAGUGAGGACACCGAAUCAAAGACCUUCAUCGAGAACGGUUUACAAUGGAACUACACUAUCGAGGGCGGCGGGAAGGAGACCCUGCGGACGUCCGGCCCUCUGCAUGAAGCCAUCUUAGUGCUGGUCAAUCCGCGGGAAGAGGAGGCAAAGAUCAGCUUGACGUAUAAAUACAUCAUACAUGAGGACCUGCUGCCUCUCAUCACCAACAACAACGUCCUCCUGGCCGAACUGGACACGUACGAGUGGGCGCUGAAAAGCUGGUCGCAGUGUUCCAAACCUUGCGGCGGAGGCAUACAGUACACCAAAUAUGGAUGCAGGAGAAAGAGCGACAGCCGCUUGGUGCACCGCAACUUCUGCGAGACCAGCAAGAAGCCCAAACCCAUCCGUAAGCGCUGCAACGUCCAGGUGUGCAGCCAGCCAACGUGGGUAGUGGACGAGUGGAGUCCGUGCAGCAAGACCUGCGGGAAGCAGGGCUACCAGAUGAGGGCAGUGCAAUGCAUGCAGGCGCUGCACAACGGCACCAACCGGCCCGUCCACAGCAAACACUGCACCGAGGACCGGCCGGAGCCGAGGAGGACCUGUAACCACACAGCAUGUCCCACACAGUGGAGGACGGGGGCGUGGUCUCAGUGCUCUGUUUCCUGCGGUGAGGGCAUCCAGCAAAGGCAAGUGGUCUGCAAGGCUAGCGACAACACCGUGGGUGACUGUGAGGGCGACAAGCCAGAGACAGUCCUCAUUUGCAAGCCGAGCUCUUGUCCAGGACAACCAGUGUCCCCUCUCAGCAUGGACAACUCCACCAUCAAAGAUGAAGCUUUGCGCCAAAGAGCUCCUAGCAACCCUGUUAUUAAAGUCUCCUCAAACGAGGCAUGCCAGGGAGAUAAAUCGAUUUUCUGUCAAAUGGAGGUUCUGGCUCGCUAUUGUUCCAUCCCUGGAUAUAAUAAGCUUUGUUGCGAAUCUUGCAACAAAAACCUUGCGAGUCCGGCUUCCACCUCAGAGGAACCACAGACCUCCACACCUUCCCACUUGGCCUCCCUCCAGUCUGCUCGACCCACUGCUACCCGAAAUCCCUUGCAAACCACUAAAACCAACAGCAGAGGACCGCGCUCCACGACCACUAGGCCGUCAACCACCAUCGCCCCAGCGUCCAUGGGCGGCAGCGCCCUCUACCGGGAUACGACCGCUGACACUCUUCUACCUCCGACACUGCUGACAGCCGAUGCCUCCAAGGAGCGCAGGCCCGACAGCACUUUAGGCCCGCUCGCCGCAAAGUCAAAAAGGGACCAUUUAGGAUCCGAGAGGGACUCCUCCGCGCAUGAAGCCGCGUAGCGAUGACGCACAUCUCACAUUUCUCCAGUGAGCAGACGGGCGAUUACCUCAUCCGACCUCUGAAAGAGCGAGGCUCCAGCUCUGUCCUUGGCGCUUCAAAGACAAAAAAAAACAAAGGUGCUGUAAACUGAAAGCAAAAAUAAUGUGAUGACUGCUUCGCUUCCUUCGUGUUUGUUUCUGUGUACGGUUGUUGCUGUUUUUCCUCCACAAGUGCAUCAGAACUACUAGUGAACUCGCGUCGUGAACAUGUGGGAGGUGUUAGCAGUGUCGACUGUGGAGGCUAGCAUACGUCACGGAGGUCAUUUACAGACAUUUGCUGUCAAAUGCAUGUAUCUCCAUUUUUUCCAGUUAAAAGUCUCACUUUAAUUGGAGAUACAAGGUUUCCUUUGGUGGAGCCACCUAAUUACGCUAACGAUAACAGUAUAACAUCGUUUUUUAACUUAACUGAUCUCAGAAGCCUGUUUUUCUUCAUGAAAAUGCAGGAAAAAGUGAGAACCAUUUCAAAUAUAUGGUGCCCUAAGAAUACUUUUUAUUUGCUAUUUGCCUUCUUGUUGGAGUUUUUAAUGAGUUAUUUAGCACUACCUUUGCUUAUCAAUACAAUACAAUUAGAAUAAAUCUUAAAUAUAUCUGGGUUUAUUUCCAAAAGACUUUCAAAUAAUGCCAUUUUCUAUGUAUUUUUAUUAUUUCUCAAAGGUAAUAUUUCAUUGAAAACACUAGACAGCUAACUUUUGAGUAAUGUUACCUAUAGAAAGGAAAAUCCACCAAACGCAAAAGUAUGCAAUACUGUUUAUCAUUUAAUACUUUAUUCAAGUCCAUAAUAGCGUAAAUGAUAAGAGGGCAGCGUCUGGCCUCCACAGUCAUCAUCCCUGGCAGGAAGCAUCAUGGUUUCUUCGUCCCUGGUGCUUUGUUUUUGCUUUUCAAAUCCAAUGUUGGAGGUUUUUUUUGUGAGCCACGUCUACCGUCAGUACACGCCUGCCUUGGUGGAGGAUCACUUAUGCUUUAAAACCAACAGUACCAUAUUUCUUUUUCUAACUGAUAUCUAUUUUUCAGAUAAUAAUGUAUAUAGUGUAAAUUCCCCCCAUUAGAAAAAAAAUUAACAAGUAAAAAUAAUAAUGAUGAGGGUGUGUGUGUGUGUGUGUGUGUGUGUGUGUGUGUGUGUGUGUGUGUUGGCAGCCAGAAGUGCAGUUGCUGGUAUUGUGAUGCCAUUCCCGCCUUGCAGUGCAUAACGUCAUGUUUGUUGUAUAGUUCUUGUAUAUACGUUGGUGAUGAAAGCUUUAAAUGUUAAUAUUUAUUGAAUUUUUAAGUGAAAAGUAAAAAAAACAA